AUGGCGCGUACGAAUUGUAAUGAGAACCCGAUUACUGCUGUUGAUCAAAUCCGCAUCAUUAAGGAGUGGAUAGAAAAGUCGCCACAUUUGAAAGCGUCCACCGACCCCCAAUUGAUUUUAGCAUUCUUACGUCGUUGUCGCUUCAGUCUGGAAGAAACAAAAAGACGAAUUGAUGGUUUUUAUGCGGUGAAGAAUGCCUUUCCAGAAGUAUUAUGUGAACGUGAACGGUGUAAUGGCUUAAUGGAGUUUUAUCGCUCGGGUCCCGUCCUUAUGAUUUCGCUAUACUGCUAAAUCGAUUCAAAGAAAUCAAAUCCCCGUUUAGCUUUUAAACUAUUAAUUAUGCUAUUCGAGGUAUUGGCUAUAGAGAGUGAUGAGAGUCUAGACGUUGGUAUAGAUCUAAUGAUGCAGUUUGAUCCGUUCCUUUUGGAAAAAGCCUACACUUUGCGUAGAAUUGAAACUAAAAGAUGUUCAUAUAUAAUAUUAAAUAUGAGGCGCGAAGGAUUUCCGAUAUUUAAUUUCGUAACUUCCUUUAAGCCCAGAAAACUAGCGUUCAAGUUCACGGCACACAAGAAAGUGGAAGAUUUGUUGGAAUAUAUCGCACGCGACGCUGUAACAAUGGAAUAUGGUGGCGUCAAUGGUCACAUUUCGGAGGCCGUCGAAUCCUUUAAGCAGAUAUUGCUGGCCUAUAAAAAACAUUUCCUAGAAGAUGUUCAUUUUGGCACAAAUGAAGAUUUACGAGAAGGACGUAAAAAGGAAUGGGAACUUGGGGAGUUAAGCGGUGUGAGCGGAUCUUCUCGAAAACUGCAACUGGAUUAG